AUUAGGACCUUGAUUAAUCUUCAGACCCAAGUCUCCCUCUAUAUCUAAUUCCAGUUUCUCCCUCACAAUGUUCAACCAAAGCUUCAAUCUUUAACACAAAAGUCUCCCAAUUUUGCGGUCUGCAUUGUUUUUUAGAGAAGUCUAAACUUCUGGGUUGAUGGGUAGGAGUUGAAUUGUGAAGUAUAAUUUGAUUUCUUGGUGGUAAUGGCAACGGAGCAUUCGUUGCCUUUUAAUGUUGCUGCUGUAGUUGAAGCCGUUCUUCAACAGCAAGGGCCUCGUCUCACCGACGUGGGUUUGGCUUCAAGGAAGGCAGAUGAAGCUUCUUUGAGAAGGUAUGAUGCAGCUGGGUGGCUUAGAAAGACGGUUGGAGUAGUAGGUGGUAAAGAUUUGCCAGCUGAGCCCUCUGAAGAAGAUUUUAGGCUUGGAUUGCGAAGUGGAAUAAUCCUUUGCAAUGUUAUUAACAAGGUUCAACCCGGAGCUGUGGCAAAGGUAGUAGAAGGCCCUUGUGACUCCGCGGCUAUUCCUGAUGGGGCAGCUCUAUCAGCAUUUCAGUACUUCGAAAACGUCAGAAAUUUCCUUGUGGCUGUUGAAGAAUUGGGGCUUCCAACCUUUGAAGCCUCUGAUUUGGAACAGGGAGGAAAAUCUGCUAGUGCAAGGAUUGUUAACUGUGUUCUAGCACUAAAAUCAUAUUAUGAUUGGAAACAAGCAGGUGGAAGUGGAUCAUGGAAAUUUGUUGGAAACUUGAAACCACCAAUCAGUGGGAAACCCUUUCUGCGAAAAAAUUCUGAACCAUUCAUGAGUUCCUUUACAAGGACCUCAUCAUGGGGUGAAAGGUCGCAAGAUAGUUUUUCCAGUGAAGAUUUUAAUGAAGCAGGUUCUUCUCAAUCUUUACACUUGCUAGUACGUGAAAUUCUAUCAGACAAAAAGCAGGAAGAAAUUCCAUUUAUCGUGGAAUCUAUGCUGAGUAAAGUAAUGGAGGAAUUUCAGCAUCGAUUAGCAAGCCAAACUGAACAGGUAAGAGCAACUUCCAAAGAUAGCCCCAGCCCUGGAUUUGACUCUUUAUCUCUUACCGACACUGGUUCUGGUAAUAUCAAGAAUGAAGAGAAAGAUGUGACUCAAAUACAGCGGGAUGAUUCUUGCGAUCAAACAUAUGACAAUCAAGAGGGAUCAAAAGGCCACUUAGUGAAACACAAAAUGUUGGUUGAACAACAGAAGAAAAAUAUUCAGGAAUUGAAACACACUCUAUAUGACACAAAAGCAGGAAUGAAGUUUCUACAGAUGAAGUACCAGGAGGAGUUCCAUAACCUAGGUAUGCACCUGCAUGGUUUGGCUCAUGCAGCAUCAGGAUACCAGAAAGUUCUUGAAGAAAAUCGCAAGUUAUACAAUCUGGUGCAAGAUCUCAAAGGCAAUAUAAGGGUAUACUGCCGAGUGCGUCCUCCAUUUCCCGGGCAAACAAAUCGUUCCAAUACUUUUGAUCACAUAGAUGAUGGAAAAAUUACCAUUGUCACCCCUUCAAAAUAUGGCAAAGAGGGGCGGAAAUCUUUCACUUUCAACAAAGUAUUUGGUCCAUUCUCAACACAAGAGGAGGUAUUUUCAGAUACGCAGCCUCUCAUUCGGUCUGUUCUCGAUGGUUACAAUGUCUGCAUAUUUGCUUAUGGACAAACUGGAUCAGGAAAAACUUAUACUAUGACUGGACCAAGUGAGAUUACGGAGGAAAGUCAAGGUGUAAAUUACAGAGCAUUAAGUGAUCUAUUUCAUCUAUCAGAGCUGAGAAAGGACACUGUUCAUUAUGAGAUUUCUGUUCAGAUGCUUGAAAUUUACAAUGAGCAAGUUAGGGAUCUCCUUGCGGUGGAUGGCUCUAACCAAAGAUUAGAAAUUCGAAACAGUUCUCAAAACGGCAUUAAUGUACCUGAAGCAAACCUUGUACCCGUAUCUUCAACAUCUGAUGUUAUAUAUUUGAUGAACCUAGGGCAUAAGAAUCGUGCAGUGAGUUCUACAGCCAUGAAUGAUCGGAGCAGUCGAUCUCAUAGCUGCUUGACAGUUCAUGUUCAUGGAAAGGACCUAACAUCUGGAAGUAUUCUCCGUGGUUGUAUGCAUCUAGUUGAUCUAGCAGGGAGUGAAAGAGUUGAUAAAUCUGAGGUGACUGGUGAUAGAUUGAAAGAGGCACAACAUAUUAACAAAUCUCUGUCAGCUUUAGGAGAUGUCAUUGCCUCUCUUGCUCAAAAGAACUCACAUGUUCCAUAUAGAAAUAGUAAACUCACACAACUACUCCAAGACUCACUCGGAGGGCAAGCCAAGACACUUAUGUUUGUUCACAUUAGCCCCGAGUAUGAAGCUCUUGGAGAAACGUUGAGUACCCUUAAAUUUGCAGAACGAGUUUCCACAGUUGAACUUGGUGCUGCUCGAGUCAAUAAAGAUGGUGCAAAUGUUAAAGAUCUUAAAGAACAGAUUGCUACUCUGAAGACAGCCUUAGCACGAAAAGAAGGUGAAGGAAUGCACUUGAAACAUUCACUCUCCCUUAGCCCGGAAAGAUUUAGAAUGAAGUCUAGUUGCACAUCCCCUUUGCUUCCAAGCGGGAAAAGUACUGGAGACUUUUCUGGUGGUCGCAAGCAAUCAACAGAGGAUUUUGGAAACAUAGAGGUUCGUAAAACCUCUGCACCAAAGCCAAAAAGACGAAGUUUAGAUAUCCAGGACAUGUUGACACAUUCAUCUCCAUGGCCAAUAGUUGCUAGUCCCACGUUGAAUGUUAAAGAGGAUGAUGAGGAGUUAUUUUCAUCAUUUCCUGGCGAUUGGGUUGAUAAGGUGAUGGUGAACAAGCUUGAGAGUAAAAGUAGAAAACAAAGUCCAUUAAGAUCAUGUUGGGAUCAUUUGGAGAAUAGACAAUCACCAGAGAUGCUUGGUCAGAGUCGCCUGCCACACCCUUCCAUCAUAUGUUCAACAACAAAAAGGGAGGACACUCAAGAGUUUGACGAAUCUGAUGAUCAGCUUGAUGCUACAACUAGUGAUUCUUCAGAGCCAGACCUUCUUUGGCAGUUAAAUACUCCUACUAAACCCACAAACAUUACAAAUGCGUCGGGACCAAGAACAAAGAAAACUAACUCCAGGCCAAUAAGGAGCCCAGAAACUAGAAGUUUCAUUCCGUCGCUGAUUCCUUCACCGUCGCGAAAACCGCCAAAUGGUGUCAGUCAAGCUUUGCCUAAGAGGCAAUCAGUUUCUUCUGAAGGCAAACGAAGAUAUGGAGGUGCAAAGUGAUAAUGAGUUAUUCAUGGUGUGAAACUUUGCAAAAUAUAUUUUUUUUGUUUGAGAUCAUUUUUGUGUAUUCAUUCAUGUUUAUAGAGGAACCGAGAGAAAGGGAGAGAAGCUUUUAGAAAUGUAUAUUUCAACUGGCAAU